AUGAUAGAGAUUUUGUUUCUGUUCACAGUUAAACCUAACGAGACAGCCAUUAGGCUUACGCCAGAAAGAUCUGUAAUUGGUGAAUCAGUUAACAUAACUUGUGAAUCUAGUGGCUUGCCUAAGCCACGUUACUCCAUAAUCCAUAAUGAUACUGAGGUUAGUAGUGAGAGGACGUAUACCAUAUCCAAAGUGAACUGGAGUGAUGCUGGAACAUAUCAAUGUACUGUGGAGAAUGAACUUGGACGUAAUUCAAAGUGCUCUUGUUUGACCGUCGUAGGUGAGAUAUUCAAAUCACCAACUAUUUAUAUCUAGUUUACCGACAUAAUUUGGCAUGAAACAUGAUUGGACUGAUGGGAUGAGAUGGGAUGCAUAUUGGAGUCAAUUUUAUGUGUGUUUUGUAUAUGCAUUUGUGCUCCUCAUUCUUGUUAUUCGUAGUUUCAGGUUACUGAAUAAUUGUCUUCUAGGAAACUGAGCUUUAUAUACAUUAUCUUAUAGUACUAGUCUAAGUACAUCUUCACGAGUGCACCAGCUCAAGUACACGGCAAUAAUCAUUGGAGUACCAGUGAGGUACGACUGAAAAUAUUGAUCCAAUUCAAUUAUGAACGAAAAUAACUUUGCCUGCAUAACAAUCGUAUCUUCGUCCUCUUUUCUCUCUUCUUUCUGGCGACUACAUUUUACAAAUAAAAGUAAUUCUUAAAGAGCACCGCCCUCAAAUAAACCCCGCAUCCAAAACACAAAAAACUGAUGUAAUGAGUAGUAUAGGUACUAUUUCUGCACCAGAAUGAUACCUACUGUAUUAUUGUCCGAUAUGUCCUAUAUUCACCAUCAUCAUAUAUAACCACAAGUGAGCACUAAUCAGAAAUUUAAGUGCAAGUAACUGAAAAUUAACUUAUUAUGUCUAUUUAAUCUUACUUCUCUCAAUGAAUCAGGGCAACCUAAUAAGAAAAAUAUACAACGUAUUAUAUGCAUUAAUAUUGACAGAUGUAAUAUCGCAUCAGCAUGUACAACACUGUCAUUGGCAUCUCAGUCUCAAUUCCUCCUCAUCCUGCAGUUACAAGUUGUUUGAACUAAUAUUCUAACUGAUCAAUUGUCCAAAUGUUUCUGUUCAGGAGAGAAAGCAGCUUCUAAGAAAGUGGAUUGUGAGAGCAGCACUGAAACUGUUGUAGUAUGGCAUAUCGUGGUAUCUUUGGUGUCUGGAGUUAUCAUUGGGCUUUUUCUUUCCCACGUUGUCACGUGUUCUCGUCGUCGCUGGUUUACAAACAGAAAACCUGAACGAAAUCCUGAACCAAAGACAGCUGAUGUUGAUACAACUUAUCAAGAGCUUGAUCUAACAAAAAUAAACACAGAAGAUAAUUAUCAGUCGUUGAGAGUGAAUGCUGCAAGUAAUGUUGCUAGAAAUCGAGCUGCAAAUGACGAUGACUCUACUUAUACUGAGUUGAACGAAACCAGAGAUGUGGAGAACAACUAUCAAUCUUUAACUUGA